AUGUUUUACAGUCACGAGAUCCUCACAAAUGCCCAGCAUGGCGUGGCAACCGUCUGGCUAGUUGCCACGGUCGGCAAGACUGGCCCCCGCAAGAUCAACAGAAAAGUCAUACAGGGUGUCAAUGUCCCCAAGGCCUGCGAGAAGAUCAUCGACCCGGGAGCUCCCCUGGCUCUGAGGCUGCAGGGCAAUUUGCUCUACGGCGUGUCGCGUGUCUUCUCCCACCAGUGCAACUACGUCCUCAGCGACGCAGAGAGUGUCCAGUCCCAGAUGCUUUCCUACUUUCGUUCCAUGAGCCAGAACGGGGCCGACCCCACCGCCGGCAAGACAAGGCGAGUUUGUUCUGUUCUACACAGCCCCUGCCCUGUAUAUUCUAUAGAAUCAGACCAGAGACAAAGGGGAGAGAACGACGGGAAAGAAAGAGGGAGAAUGUGGAGGCGGGAGGGCGAGAAAGAGAAGAGAGAGCAUGGAGAGAAAAAUGACCCCAACUUUGACAUCAUGUCCUCCCUCCCCCGACUAGACCCCCACAGUCUCGACUUGACCAAGGACCCCAUCUUUGAUCGUGGCAGCCAGUCUUCGACCCAGGAUAUCAUCUCCCAGUUAACCCCUCUGACGAGCAGCCAGCCCAGCUCGGCCUCCAUAUCCGCCAACUUCAGCAUCGACCUGCCCGACGACACGUCCCCCUCCAACGCCAGCUACUGCCUCCCUUCUGAUCUCGGGGGACCCAGUCCAUCCUGUGGCAGGCCCAUGGCCGGCAGCCGUCAUAAAGAUGCCCUCUGCGGCGGUGAUAACGACGUCGAGCCCCUCGGUGGCCUUGGUCUCGAUAUUGACGGUGACGGCAACCUGAUCGGCGUGCUGGACAGCAGCGACAACAACCAUCAUCGUCAGUCAGAUCUCCCAUCCUUGCCCGGUACCGACGGCGGCGGCGACGACGACGGCGACGAAGCCCGCGUCUUCCACGAACAGUUUCGUGACGCAGGCGAGCCUUCCCGUCCAUUUCGUCACCACCACUCCGACGUCCUGAUCAUGGGCGGAUCCCCUCUCCCAGAUGCAGAUGCCCUACCCCACCCCGUCCAGCGCUCGAGCCCACCACUCGCCCCGCAGAGCAGCUCCUCUUCUGGCGAAGACGUCACCACGGCCGCUGCCCUCCAACGGAGGGGAAGGAGAAGAGGACGCGGGCGACGGCACGUCGGCACCAUGAUGGACCCAGAGAUCCACAUCCGCCACGACGAGUUCCGUAGCUGGACUGAGAACUACGUUGCAAACAUGGAGGCCCUGACGCCGCGGAGCGGCCAGACCCUCACCUCUCAGGCCAGGCGCAACGCCUACACGCUCAUGUACGGCAACGGGAUUGCCAACGUCGGCGCCACGCUCAGUGGAGGCGCCGGCACGACACACCCCCUCGCCGAAAUGUUUGCAGGCCAAGACCUGAUUGCGAACCUCCUAGACGCCGAGACAGGAGAUCCCCAGCGACGCAACGUCAGACCCCGUCACGACAACGACGGCAACGCAGACGGUGAACUAGGCCGCGGACAAGACGACGUCAUCCAUCUUGACCAUGAUGAGGAACAGGGAGAGAUCGGCGUCGGCCCCAUGGUUCCCCUGGAAGACGGCCACUCCUCCACCGUCAUGCCAUGGAGCCGCGCACCCUCUGCCGUCCCGGGGUCCUCUGUCCGCGGAAGCGCCGGGAAGCACCGGCAGCCGCGGAACCACCCUUCCUCAUCGGCCGGAGGCCCGAGUCCCCUGCCUCCCGACCGUACCACCCUUCUCUCUAUAGAGCGGUACAGCGACGCCCCGGUCGGCAUGCCGUCUGAUUAUGGCGACGGCGACGACGAUGGCGGUUCCGGCGCUGGCUUCCCGCCAUCAUCGUCCGACGCUCAGGACGACGACAGAUUGGACGCCUCGGGACGGAGAUUUCUAGGAUACCUCGUACAGCUGGCAGAGGAGGAGCUUGCUUCUGCUUCUGUUUCCGUAGGCUCUGCCGCUGACCCGCACACUCGCUGGGUCAGCUUUGUCAAGAUCGCCGAUCCGGAAACUCAUACUCGCCAUGUCGCCGCCCAGGCGUUCCUUCACGUCCUCACCCUGGCGACGAGGAAUGUCAUUUCCGUGAGACAGGAUGUCAUGGACGGUUCGACGCCCUUUGGUCAUGUUCGUAUCGGUGUAUCCUUGGAUUGA